ACGAGCAUAAAAUUGCAAACAUGUCUUGUGCUCUGCUUGCCGGUUGUCGUUUCGGAGCUGCUUUGGUGAAUAUUCAAAAAGGCAAAGCAGUUGCACCGUUGAUGUGGAAUUCAUACUCAACCAAAUCUAAUGUUAAGGAUGUGAAAGAAGCAGACAUCCAAAAAUCUGUAUUCAUUUCACAGUCUAAUGACAUUUUCACAAAUUUGGCUAUGGAAGAUUGGAUUUAUCGCAACUAUGAUCUCACAAAUCAUCAUAUAAUGAUGCUGUGGCUAAAUGACCCUUGUGUGGUUAUUGGACGCCAUCAGAACCCAUGGAAAGAAGCUGAUGUUAGCGCUGCAGAAGCCAGGGAUAUCAAAAUUGCUCGCAGAAAUAGUGGUGGAGGUACUGUUUACCAUGACAAAGGUAACUUGAAUAUGACCUUCUUUACACCACGAGAGCGUUAUAACAGAAAAUAUAACCUGAAUAUUAUAACAAGAGCUUUAUUCCGUGAAUGGGGCAUUAGAUCUCAGAUAUCUCCACGAGAAGACAUUGUGCUUGAAGGAAAUUUAAAAAUUUCGGGCACAGCAGCAAAAUUAGGACAACCGAAUGCAUAUCAUCAUUGUACCUUGUUGGUCAACGUCGACAAACUGAAUCUCACACAAGUUCUUCAUACCCAUGAGUCAGGUAUAAGCACAACCGCCACUCCUUCUGUGAAAAGCAAGGUUGCGAAUUUAGUGGAGCAAGAUGUUCGUGUAAACGUAAAUCGCUUGAUCGCUGCUGUCGGAAAUGAAUAUAUGCGGACAUCCGCUGUAUCUUUGCAAGAUCAGGGAGAUGCUUUGGUGCAGUCACAGAGAGGAUUCCAAUCCAUCAACCCAACCGAGGGCUGGUUCCCAGGUAUUAAUAAGAUACGGGAAGAAUACGAAAGUUGGGAUUGGCGAUUUGGGCGCACUCCCAAAUUUUCCAUAUUGCGUACAUUCGAUGUACCUGAAUCGCUUUUACAAGAAGAUGUAUCUGUGCAACACGGAGAGAUUUUUGAAAGAGAUUCUAAACAACUAACCAUAUCGAUGAACGUGGAGCGUGGACUUAUCAAUGAUGUUCACUUGAGUGUCCCAAAAGGGCUUUGCCGUACAGAUGGAAUGCAUGGCGAAGCGGCUGUGAUCACUCGUCUACAAGGUCAGAAAUUCUCAGAGGAAUCCAUUAAACUUGUGGAAACAGCUUUGGCUGGUGAAGAACCAUGUGCCUUACAAGAAAAAGACAGAUUUGUAGCAAAUUGCUUCAGAAAGAUAAUAAAUAGUGCUUGAUCUUUUGAAAACAAAAUAAUGAACAAAAAAGUCUGAUGCAUUGCGAUAAUAUUAUACUAAUAUUGGGUUAUAAUAAUAUUGGAAUUAACAGGGGAAUAAGGUACCAUAUUGAUACUUAGCAGAGUACGAGAUAUGUUUCUGCAAUUUUAGUUUUGUAUUUUAUUAUUAGUUUUUGGGGUUAAUAUAUAGUUCAUAUUGUUUAUUUACUUUAAAUUUCUUUUAGUUGUAAAUGAAGCAAGAAUACAAGCAUAUCAUUUAAUAUUAUUAAUUUUGCCUAAAUAUCUUUUUGUUAUUUUUAGAG